AUGGCGCCGAAGCACACCGAAGCGCGCCCCCUCCAUCGUGGUCCUGGCGGGUUAUCGUUCUCCAGGCUCGCUGCGAGUUUCCAUCUUGCCGUGGCCUCGGCGCCCCUCCUCUCUCGACGCGGGGUACCGAGCGAUCGCCCGGCCGCAAAGGACCCUGAUGCACCAAAUCCGCUGUAA